AUGAUUAUUUUGCUUUCAUUGUUUUUAUGGCUCUCUACGAGCCAAUUUGUUACAAUUCCAAUUUUAUAUAGCCAAUAUACCCCUUGAUGGAUUGUUGACUAUAUUAAAGCCAAUUUAGUAUGCUCAACAGGCGCUGAAGCAGGCUGCAGUUUAGAUUCACCAUUUCAAUAUGUAGCGAUAGAGAUCAACGAUUUCUCAGAUUUUGAAAACAUUUUUGAAAAUUCUGAUUACAUUUUUGUUUAUGAUGGGACGACCUCUCUUACUCUCCCUAUUUUAAGAACAAACAAGUCAGUGAAAAAGGCCUUUUGCAAAAAAUUAAUCCUACUUUAGAGCAAUAAUCUUUAAUAUAAAAAUAUUUUGGUAUAAAAUAAUUACUAGUAGUUAUAGGAGAUCUCAAGCCAAUCUUUUUAAAAUUAUAAUAGAUUUUAAUAAAAAAAUUAGCCAUUUAAGAGGAAGCAAAAAUAUAUUUCUCGAUUUUAAAGGCAUGAAGCUAGUAUAUACCUAAUUACAGUAAUAUCUAGAUUUCUAUUGGUUGCUGUAAUACUAUCUUCAAAUAUUAAUAGAAUCAUGGCUAGUUUUACUAUGAAUGCCUUAAUUCUUUAUAAUUAGGUAUAUCUACUUUCAUAAAUUACUACGCAAGGACUUAUGGAUUUAUUCAAUUUAUUAAUGGAAAUGCUCCGGAAAAUCCUUCAGAAUACGUUUAUUAUUCAGACUAUUCGUAUUCUAUUUACAGAAAAGCUGCUUUAUCUAUUGCGAAAAAAUAUAAUAUUCAAAAAGCAGUGGCUAUAAUAACUAGCGAUUUUACCGGGAUGGAUUUCACAAAUGAUGAGGGUGUUGAAAUUGUGGCCCAAUAUGUAAUUAUACAUUCCGCUUCAUACGAAUAUGUUGUGUCACUAUUAACAAAGGAAAUCAAGCCAUUAGGAGUAAAAUGGAUUUUCUUUGAAACAAGCACCCAUGUUGCUCAAAUGUUCCAGCAAGCUUUGGUAGAAGCAGAUAUGUAUAAAGAAGGCUAUACAUAUAUAUUCAUGCAAGAGGCUUCUUGAGGUGCAUAUUUAGAAGGAGCAAUUACAUUGGAAGCGCGAUGAUAUCAUAGCACUGGAAUUCUUGAUUUCAUAAAUAAUAUAGCUUUUUGCCUUGAGUGGCGCGGUAUGGGCCCCACUUCGGCAAGCUCCUUCUUCCAGUUGGCCGAGCCGACUCAGGUUGGUUCGACCAACUGGAGAAUUGACAAGUGAGGCCUUUUUGGGGAGACUUGUCAAUUCUAGUUGGCCGAACCAACCUGAGUUGGCUUGGCCAACUGGAAGAAGGAGCUUGCCGAAGUGGCGCCCGUACCGCGCCACUCAAGGCAAAAAAGCAUAUUAUAUACUGGACUUCUGUAGGAAUAUACGAAAUGAUCACUACUAAUGGUAUUCAAGGAUCAUACUCUCCAUAUACACUGGAUCAAUUCAUAGGGCAAUUGUUCACAUAUGAAUCUCAAGGAUUCACAAUUUGAAAUGUCCAAAGUGGAAACUUAAUAUCAGUAGGGAAGAUCAAUGGAGAUGGAAUCAAUAUAUAUUCGCCUGUUAUGUUUCCUGGAGGAACUUAUAACGUUCCAAACAAUGAUGUUGUGCAGAUUGCAUUUAGCAUAAAUGGAGCAUCAUCAACAGAUGAUGGAAGAAAUGCCAUUAAUCAUUACAUUACCUUAAGAUUUAUAAGUUCUACAUCCUUUACGGGGGUUGCCCAAACCAGGGCUUCCCGCUGCAUCUUUGCAACACCGGGCUCACACACCGAUGGGCCAGCCUGCUUUGUUGCACAAGGGUGUGCCUCUGUGAAGUGUGCAGUGUUGCUGACUAAGAUGGCCAUGUGCGUGCGACAUGGGCUGCCUGCUAGGAAAAUCCAAAACUGGAUUUUCUGGCCAUUUCUCGGCUAAAAGGAAAAAUAUAAAGCUUAAGGAGUAAUUUUAGGUUUUAUGUUAGGGAUUUACCCAAUUGGUUUUAAGGACCUUACUGGGCUUCCUCUUUCCAACUAUCGUGCUCUCCUUCCUAUGAGGUAAAAUCCAUACCUGAGAAUAGACUAGGGCUAGGCUUCGCUCACUGCUGGAACUGCUUACCUAGCAUAGCUGUCAAUUUCUGAUAUGGCAAAAUCUUGCCAGAUAUAUUAAAUAGGGCUCGAGACUGCCUAGCAGGGAUGUCAGACCCAAGUUAAGACGCCUUAUUUAAUUAAUUAUGAAAUUUCAUGAAUCAGUUAGGAGCUACUUAUACAAUUGAUAUGAUAAAGACUAAGAAGUUAAUGUUAGAAAAUUUUGAUAUUGUUGUUCACAAUAUUUCUGACUGUGGAAGCAGCAAUUUUAUAUAUAACUCUUCACAUGAAUGCUUUGAAAAUCAUAUUUUAGAAUUCGGGUAUUUUCAUAUAUAUCCCUGAAAUAUUUUAGAUUAUUAUUGGCCAUCUAUUUUAAUUUCCAAAAUUAAUUUGUACUUGUCAGCUUUUUUGAAAAGUAAAAACGAAAAUGGCGAGUCUCUGUUUAUGAUUUUAAGGUGCCUAAUCAGACUUGCACUGUAUAAUGCAGAUGUCAUUUACAGUAUUUUUUUCUGGUCGGUAUUCUGCUGAGGUAUAGAGAUCGAUUAAGGUGCAUGAGCUAUAUCAGCUUUAGAAACAUCUAUGGCCCUUGGAGUGAUUGAAUUGUUUGAAGCACUUAACCUUUCAACUCCUGUUAUUGGAGUAGAGACAUCAACUACUAUGAAUGAUCUUAAGUAUUAUCCUCAAUACAUCAGAGUCUCUUAUCCAAACUCACAUACAGCAUCUGCAGCUGCACUUAUAUUGAGUAUUUAUGGUAUAUCAAAAUGCUCUUUAUUGUAUUCUGAUUCAAUAUGAGGAAGAGACUUCAAAUCUCAAUUUAUAAAUCAGGCGAAAUCAUACAACAUAAAGAUUUUGAAUCAAAAUAUGGCUGUUCCUUUAGGAUUUAAUAGCUCUAAUAGCAAUAUUAUAGAGGAAGUGAUCAAAGCCAAAAGCAGAUAUAUUGUAUUGGAAAUUUAUCAGCCAGAUAUUUUAUAUGUGAUAGAAGCAUUAUAUGAUUUAGGGAUGAGAAAAGGUGAUAUUUAUUUGAUCGUUGGAGAUGGAAUGAUAAGUUUAUCAGACUUAGAUGAACAAAGAAUUGGCUCUAAUUCAUAUAAAAAAAGAGCAGAAAUCAUGAAUAAUCUCAUUUAUAUAAGCUUUCCAGCAUUUCAAAACCAAGCUGGCUUAGCUAUUGAAAAUGAGUUUUUAUCAUUAUAUGGCUUUGCGUAUGACUAUAUGUGCUUAUUCUAUGAUGCCGCGUAUCUUGGAAUUUAUGCAAUUGACUAUUUAUUACAUGAAGGAGUUAAUGUUAAUAGCUCUACAAUCGUUAAAAUAAUUAGAGACAUCAAAUUUACUGGCUGCUCUGGAAUAGUGAGGAUAAGUCAAGAUGAUAGUGACAGAUUAACGACAAAUCUUGGAAUCCACAAUUUAAUAGAAAUUAACUCGACCUGGACAAUUAAUACAUGCGGGCUCUAUGAUCCAAGCCAACUUAUUGUACUUCAGAUGACUAAAACUAUUUCUUGAGUAACUGAUGGUGAAGUUCCUAAUGACAUUAUUGGAGACGGCCAAGAAUGCCCAUUCAGAAGUAUCGAUAUUCAAUCAUUUUUUUAUGGAUAUAUUCUAUUGAUAAUUAUAGAAGUUAUUCCCUUCAUAUUAGGAAUUGGCGUUUUGAUAAGAUUUUACUAUUAUAUUUUUGAGUCAAGGCUUCAAAAGCUGACGUCUCCAGAAAAAGAGAAUUUAUAUGACAUUCUUUCAUAUCUGCUUAUGCUUAUUGAAAGUUUACAAUAUAUGCAGAUAGGACCUGAUUUUACAAAUUUUUUCCCUAAAUGAUCUAAUGUUACUAAGCUUUCAUCCCUUGAGAUUAGGGGUUGGAUCAAGGAAGAUAAGUUCACAUUUUGAAACCAAGUUGAGCUAUUUGAAGCUCUGUCUUUUUUAUGGAUCAUUCUUUUAUUAUUAAGAAAAGUCAGAAUAGUUCGAAAAUCAAAAAGUUUUAUAAUUAUGACGAUCAAUGAAUUCAAUCUUUAUUUUUUACCUCUAAUUGGAGAUGCGCUUUUCCUCCCUAUAUGCUCGUUUUUAUUUCAAACAUAUCAGUGUACUAGUAGUGUUGGAGAUAAUUUUAAGGACAGUUUCAAUGACCAUGCUUGCUCAACUUUUUGCUGGCAAGGAAAGCAUAUUAGCUAUGUAAUCACCUCUUCAAUAGCUAUUUGUUUAUAUAUGCCUACAAGCCUAUACUUUAGAUCAACUUGAAAAGAGAGCCAUCCUUUUCAUUUCCAAGAGACUGUAUUUCAUUGUGUUUUAAAGAGCUUUGUCCAAAUGGCUUUAAUUUCUCUAUACACAAUUGUUCGUCCAGCAUCAGAAGAUACCUUUUUAGGACUUGGAAUAGCGUUAAUAUCGGUAUAUAUAGCUAUUUCAAUAUUUAAAAGGCCUUUUAACUAUGAUAGAGCUUCAUUGUGAUAUAUUAUAUUUUUAAUUUGCAGUCUCUUAAUUUGGGUUUCCUGUGCAUUAGCAAAGUUUGAUAAAGUCUUAGCAUUAGUUUUACUUGGAGUAGGGUGAACUGCCAUUAUAGUUGCUGGUCUCAUUUAUCAAAAAUUGUAUCUUCCUUCUCUUUUACAAUCUGAAAAAGCUCAAAAUAUUCACAAAUUAUUUAGGUUUCAACUAUUUUCAAUGAGUCCCGAAGAUGCUGGGAUUUCUAAGUCUGUUAGAUAUUUGCAUGCUCAAAGCUCUGUAAAUGAUGAAGAAACAAACAAUAGAACAAGAUUUAAUUUUAUAGUGAAUAAUUUCCAGAGCGAAGACAAUAUGCAGUCAAGUAAAAAUCUUAUUGACUCAAGUAACUUGAAUCUGGAAGUAUUUAAUUCAAGUUGCAGCAAAGAUAGCUAG